CUUCCACUUCCACUUCAGGCGAUUCCUGAUCCUAUACUUACAAUUCAUCGACAACAAUGUCCAGCACUCAUGCAUUUGACUGGAUGUCCCUUCCCGCAGAGAUGAAGCUCAACGUCUUCGACCACCUUUCUCUCCGAGACGUCUGGGCUUGUGCGCUGACCUCCCGCUCUUCCUACUCUGCAUGUCUGCCACUCCUCUUCAAGAGUGUCAAUCUCCCGUCGCUGGAUGCGCUGCUCCGUUUCCUCGAGGCGGUGCCACCGCAGCACUGUGCUCUCGUCCGCAAUCUGUCCAUCUCCACAGCAUCCACUCGAUCGCAAGGUGUUGCUGAUGAUCAAGUUUGCGAUGAUCAAGCCUGCCAUGCUUUGGACGCAUUUACCCGCUCUACUCCCCGUCCCAACUUCAAUGCACCGCUUGCGACUCUUUUGGAGAGAUGCACUUCCCUGGAGACACUCGCACUUUCCGUAUGCGGGACAUUGGAUGCAAGGACAAUAUUGCCUGUCUUCAAAGGAAGGUCAAUGGAGAGGGUGCAAAAGCUGAAGUUGGAGAAUCUGGAAUUAGAGGAGAUUUCACCGCUAUCAGAGCGCCUUGUUGUCUCACUCGCUUUCGCCCUUCCAGCGCUGACCGACCUCUCAGUAACCCGUAUCACACGGUCUGCUCUUCAUGCUCCGGAAUUGCUCUGUUCAAACGUACCCGUCGUCCAAGGCGACAACUCCGAUGACGUUAUCCCUCCCCAUCCGCUACUCGGGCAUGAGUUGCGCCUUCCGCAGCUCUUGCACUUGCCAAACUUGAAGCAACUGAAGAUUUGUGACACACAUCUCGGGGACCCGAUGUGGGCGGAAGAUGACUCUGUUGCCUGCCCGCUGGAAGUACUGGAUUUGGGCUCAUGUCCGCAUCUAAACCCUAAGACGAACGAGAUGCACAUUGCAAGAAUCCUGGCGCGCGCCCCGCCGAGUAUCACAUCGUGCGCUCUUGGCGCUUCCCUCCCUACGCCUACCUCUUCUGCGGCUUGGUCGCCGAUCUCGCCGAUUUGCAAGUCUCCAGCAUCGCCCUUCGCACCCUCAUCUCCAACCUCGCCGUUAUCUGCGAACUCCUCCACAUCCUCACUGAGUAGCCUGGCAACGCCGAUCGCUGAAACCCAGCUUCCAUUGGCUCCGCUUCCGCGCCUUCAAACCCUCCACCUAACCCCGCACGUUCCGACCUCGGCACUGCAUGCGACUCUCUCACAGCCUGCGCUUGCGGGAUCGCCUGUUCAUACACUUUCAUGUGCGUUCCACCCGGAUGAUGCAGCGGAGGGUUGCGAGGCUCUUGAGGCGUUCUUGCGUGAACGCGCGGCGAGGUCAGAGAUGGCGUGGGGACAAAAGCAAGGUAGGGGGCGUGCCGCCAGCAAAUUGGGAAUCUGCACGCAAUUAGGUGACGAUGGAGAGGAAAGCACUAUCAUUACUCGCACUCGGGCGAACACCACCGUUGCUGCUCCCUCUGUUCCUCCAUCAGCCUCGUCUCUCGCAUUGCAGACGGAGAUACUCCCGUGUCUCUAUCCCUCACUAAGCACUCUUACGGUCGACAUUCCUUCCCCUUCGGCGCCCUCCCCGCUUUCACCUACGGGCAAGCUCUCGCCCCGACGUCUUGCUGCUGCACGUCGACGUGCCGAAGAACGUCGCACUGCUGCGUUGCGCUUGAGAGCGCUCGCAAAGGAGUUGGGUCUUGAGAUUCUCGUGAGGGGUUUGGAGCUUGAUGUCGAGGCUGCAGUGCCUGUUACAGUUCAGAACAGCGCAGCUGUGCCAAGCCUGCGCGCUCGAGCGAACUCUGCAUAAGCUAUAUGCUCCUACAUUAUGCGCUUUGUCUGUUAUCCAUUGCUUUCACGGACUUUUUUUUUUUCUUUUUCUUUUCCUUGGGUUUACAUGCAUUUGAGGCAUUUCCAAUUCUUUCACUCUGCCUUUUCUUUUAAAAAUUCACGUUUUCGACGAUGGCAUGCUUAUGCGGAUGGACUCAAGAAGUAUCAUGCAUAUUUUAUUCGUAUAACUUAAUACCGCUUUGACACCAAAGAUGACCAAGUAACUUAUAUACCCGAAUACCUAAUACCUGCUCAC